CCCUCCCACCACUUCUUACACCAUUGCCCAUUUUUCUAUUUAUUACCUUAUCAGUGACGAAUCAUUCAGCAAGAGCAAAAGAAAGACCGAACCCGUCAAACAAGAAAAAAUGGAAAUUUGUCCGAACGUUCCAUCACAUCCAAGCAACUCAGACUUGACACUUCCUCUCUCUUCCCCUUGAAUAUCACGAUGCCUUCCCACCCUACUCUACUGCCCCCUAUUUCUUAUAUCUAUCUCUCCACCCACCAACCUUCUUUAUUACGCCGUUUCCGCCACACACAACGAUUAUUCGUGUGGAAAUUUGGCUGCGAGUUAAGGUUUCCAACUUCAUGCGAUGAAGAUUUGUGUUGCAGAACAUCAUGGGAUCAUGGGCUUUGUUUUCCUCGUCUCCAUGUUACUAUCGCCGGGAAUCGUUCUUGUUGGAGCUCAGAGUCCGCCGGACAACAACGGCAAUCAGUAUCCUUAUGCAAGGUUCAGCCCUUCCAUGGCUAUAAUCAUAGUUGUCCUGAUAGCAGCGCUCUUCUUCAUGGGCUUCUUCUCUAUUUACAUCCGCCAAUGCUCUGAGUCCUCAGGCGCCGCGGGCAGCGUCCGCCGAGCACUCUCUUUGCGCUCCCGCAGGGCGGCAGCUGGGCGUGGUCUGGAUGCAUCAGUCAUAGAAACCUUCCCCACUUUCUCGUACUCGGAGGUGAAAGACCACAAGAUCGGGAAGGGGACGUUGGAGUGUGCGGUGUGUUUGAACGAAUUUCAGGAGGAUGAGAGACUGCGUCUGCUGCCCAAGUGCGAUCAUGUGUUCCAUCCCGAGUGCAUCGAUGCUUGGCUCGAGUCCCACGUCACCUGCCCAGUUUGCAGAGCUAAUUUGGUCCCGCAGCCCGGCGAUGAGCAGGUUCAGGCUGACGCCCAGGAGUCAACCGGCAAUGAUCAUAACGUGGAAAGAAGCAAUUCAAGAAACGAUGAAAUUGUGCUGCAGGUUGAUGAAAAUCAGCAGCCGGGGCUGACCCGGAACCUGAGCUUUGAAUACCGAAACCGGCCGCCAAGAUCUUGGUCUAUAAAAUCGUUUGGUUUUGGCAAGUUUAGAUCGCACUCCACUGGCCACUCAUUAGUACAACCAGGCGAAAACCUCGAGCGCUUCACUCUGAGAUUGCCUCAAGAAGUGAGGAAGGAGGUCAUGGACCGGGCUAUGUUAAACCGUACCAGAAGCUGCGCCGUUACGUUGCCAAGGGAAGGCAGUUCGAGAAGGGGGUACAGAACCAAUGGGGGAGAGGGAAGCAACUGGGCCGGAAGGUUUUACAGGCGCAUUGAGAGGUCCGACCGAGAAACAAAGUCGGACCGGUGGGUUCUCUUCACCAGAGGUUUAUCCCUGAAAUCACCGAAAGUGGUGGCCGAAACCGGUGAUGGUGUGGGGAGCAGUCGGACACCGGUCAAAAUGCCAUCUUUCAAGUGUUUGGAACCUAAGGCUGCGGAUGAAACCAGUCUAAUCUCGGAUAACCCUGGUAGGCCUCCGGUUUAAAUUUUCCGGUCCAAAGUGAGAGCGUUGUUCCCUAUUGGGCGGAGAGAGUUGACUUUGAUAGGAGACUUCCAUACUCAACUGGGGCCCACACUAGUUUGAAAUUUGUGUAGAUGAUUUUUGUUUGGGUUUUCACGUUGUCAGAAUUAUGAUCGUUGAAAUACAUACUGUACAUUAAUUUUUUUAUUUCAAAUUUUUUGUUACAUUUUUAAUAUACACACA